UCCCGGCGAUUUUCCCAUAAUUUUCCUCACACCGCAAAAUAGGAGAUUGAGAGAGAAAAAAAGAAAAAAGGAAAAAAGUAUAUAAGUAUAUAAGCAAACAACUUCAAUCACCUCUCAAAUUCGGAGAAAUUGAAGCUCGGGGAUUCCUCAGAGUGUGUGUAUGUGUGCGGAAUCGUGAAAAUCUUCAUGGCUAUGGGGACGGAACGAUCGAAGGCGUUGCACAAUUUCACGAUGCCGUGCGGCCUGCGGUGGGGCAAUCACAGGAUCCUCCGCUGCAUGAGGGUCAACUCCGACGGCCAGACCUCCCCGCUCCGCCGCCACGCCGCCGGCUCCUCCGGCGGCGCCGAUCACCACCACCGCAGCCACCACCCAAUCCAGCAGCGCCGCACCACCAGGGAGCGGGACAAGGACGACUUCGCGCAUCACGAAUCCCCCAAACUGGGCCCCACUCCUUUCCCCUACGGCGGCCGGAGAUUCUCCGACGACGCCGACGACGGUAUUGCCGCCACCAGGGAGAAAGUGAUGCUCGAUCUCCAGACGGCGGCGGACAAGAUGAAGGAUGCGAUUUUCAAGGACGGCCUCGAGGAAGGGGAGGUCUCCGCCUCCCUGCCGCAGCCGCCCCCUCCUCCGCCGCCGCCUCCGGCGGCGUCCGCGGACGCCGAGGGUGAGGCCUACUGCCCCUGGAAUUUGAGGACGCGGCGAGCUGCGGGGAGAAGCGGUGGCUCCCCCGCCGUCGGCGGCGGGGGCGAUGGCGUCGGCGGGAAGAGUCUCCGGAUGGAUGCGCCGCCGCGGCCCGCGGGAUCUUCUCAGAUGCGGGCGGCGGGGCAGAAAUCGCCGAUGCAUAGGAGUGACGGCGGCGGCGGCACGUCGGCGGCGGCGAGUGGGGAGAAGAGGGAGCGGGAGAAGUUCGCGGUGGCGCUCUCGAAGCGAGACAUCGAGGAGGAUUUCUACGCUAUGGUAGGUCACCGGCCGCCGCGUAGACCGAAGAAGAGAGCUCGGAUCGUUCAGAAACAAUUGGAUACCUUAUUUCCGGGAUUGUGGCUCACCGAAGUUACACCAGAUAUGUAUAAGGUUAUUGAAGCUGCUCCGUGAUAGCAAAGAGUUUGCAAUGGAGAUAGGAUUGUUCUUGCUCGUUACUGCUAAAAAAUGGUUGAUUAUGGAGGAUGUACUAAUAUAGAGGCCUAUUGCAUCAGCAUUGUGAAUUGGGAGUUCGCGCGAAGUGCCGAAAUUCCUCUUGGUGUUGAAGGAAAGGUUUAGUUGCUUUGGGAAUUCUGAUUUUUCUUUCUUUCUUUCUUUCCCUGAUUAUAAUUGUUCAUAUAUAUGUUUUGUUUCAUGGAAUAAAGUUCACAUAGUGGAAAAGUUAGUGGGUUUCUUAA